CGGUUCCAACCAUUGCACGGUUUACGCAAACGUCCAGCAAGAAAUCGAAAGGAAUAGCUCGCGAUCUCGCGGACUCCUUCCGACCAUCGUGCCGACAAUGGAAGCCACUCCAAAUCAUCCCCUUGCACGAUUAGUCGCUGCCACGGACCUGCCCUCUUUUUUUGUCGCUGUUAAGGGGGUCGAAGCUUGGCUGAAAGACAAUCCAGACUCAACACGUGCAAAGCCAUUGCAUCGCUUUCUCUCAAGAAUCACGGCGAAACUGUUUUCAGGAGGAGGCACCGAAGCAUGUUAUAUCCUACGCCCUCGACCUGAAAAAGAGCGCUUGGACUUUCUACACUUUUUACAUCCCAGUGGCAUAUUUCUCCGCACGUUACUCAAACUUAACCAGAGAGAUCUGAUUUACGAGAUAAAAUUCGAUCAGCUUCCGGCCCCCUCCCGUCGGCUUAUCAGCAACUCCGACUGGUCUCAGCUGCCAGCAAUAUAUAAAAACCACUUUCGUUUGGAACAGCAGCGACAGCAGCCCUUCCUUCAACAACGCAAUUUAAGCCCUACAGUAGGGUCCCCAAGAAAAGGUGGACAGUCAAGUAAAGUUGAGAUAGUGUUCAAUAUGUUCGAGUACUACAUCUUUUCAUUCGCUUUAUGUGCGACGCAGAAAUCCGCCUCUCUAUCCUCCUACGACCACGCCAAACACCAACCGAACACCCCCACUCACGGACUCCUAUCCGCCAUUCAUUUACCUAAAGCUGUUGCUGGUCACUGGCAGAGGGAUGCGAAGGUCGAUUCACCUGGACACAGGCCCUCAUCGUCCUUAAAUCCUGUUUUCUUUGACCUAGUUCAAGCGUAUCUGGACUUCUUCUUGCCGCUCUCCAGUAAUGGAGAGGAAUACAAUGGAUAUUCUGGACUAUCAGAUGCGUCUGGACUGCGAAAAAGACAGGAUACUCGGGGAAAUGCACCGAUGGGUCGCCCUCCACUGGGAGAGAUGGGACGGGAGUUAAAUCAGCUGCGCGAUAGUUUUACGCGCGCUGUUCACACUGUUGAGCAUCUUUGGAAGACCGACGAAAAGCCAGGCCAAAUAGGGAGCCCACGAAUAGUAUCGCGCGAGAAUGAUAAUCUGAGCAUCUUUACCAUUCGGGAGCUGGAUUUGUCGCAGAAGCGUCUCGCCUCCGAGUUCGUGAUUGGAGCUUUUGUUGAACUCUGGUUGUGUCAGAACGACGCAGGCGUCCUCUCUAGCCCAGUCCAAUUGGGUCAGCCGACUAGAAAUUAUGUAAAGCCCACCGAAACCCAAAUGGUGUGCAUAGAUCAGCUCAUCAAUCAGAUUGUGUCGGCCGACUUCUAUCGAAUCUUUCGAGGCACCUCUGACAGUGACCAGGAUUACCUGUCUUCUGAACUACUUACGGCGAGGGUGCGGGCAUAUCAAAUCUUUCAGCCUAAUUUUUACUGGUUCUUGCGAUUGGCUUUUGAUUACUGGCCUCGAGAUGACAGUAUCUCAAUGAUUAUUGAUGUCUGGUUAACGUAUGUGACACCCUGGAAACGAUCGUCUCCAGAUGCAAAGUACUCGAGCAACUGGGCACCUUUCAUUCAAGACAACUUCAUGUUUUACACCGUCCUUUUCGGACGGUUCCUGAACCGCGCAAAGAGUUUUGAUGUAUACUCUUCGGUGCGGCCUGUGAGCUCUGUUGCUGGAACGAAAACCUUCAACAAGAACUAUUUGAAUGCGGUCGAGAAGGUGUUCGCAGCUUUCAAUGAUGACAUGUUGAUUCAAUCUCUUCGUGCGAUUGAGGCAUCCAUAUUUUCGUUGGACGAAUCAGAUCUAAGACUGCGAUCUAAUAGAUCAGGGGGUAAUUCGGAUCCGAAUGAGCCGCACUCCAAUGCGAGCCACGGCUCGUUGAGUAGAAUGUACGAUUUUCGGUCAAAAAUGCUGCAGAUCGGUGAAAAGUACGAUUAUCCAGUAUUCAUCCCAGACCGGGGCCAACCGGCUCGCAGUACGGAACAAAAAGAUCUAGGGAUGGAAAGUGCGACGGGACUCCUUAGGAAUCUCGUUGAUAGUAGAGAACGACUGAAGAUAUACCUGGAAGGAGACAAAGCUGCAGGGCCCAGUACUGGCCGAACAGCCAGUGGCUGGCUCGAUAUGUCCGUAUUCCUUCCCCGAGAAGACGAUCGACUAAGACCACGGCAGAAUAUCACAACUGCAAAUCAGGAGACGGCACGGAAAAACAUUACUCGGUUAGAGACGACGAUCAACGCAGCGGUGGCAAUUUGGAGUGGACAGCUACAAGUGCCUGAACCUGUCAGGAAGACAACUGGCCAAGGCACACUUGGUGCAUCACCACCCUCGUCGCGUCGCACGUCCGCCUCUGACCAGGAGCUUCUUGGCCAUGAGGAAGUGGUGUUCAAGAGCGUGGCACCUGGCGUACUGGCACCGGAAGAAAGGGUUCGGAGCGACGGAGUUGUAGUUUUGACGAGUAGAGGCCGAGACCAGUUGAAAGCAGGCCUUCGUAUGAGUAGCAAGGAUAAUAUUCCCAUUUUUGCCGAUGCCAGUGUAGGCAAAAUGGUGAAAACAUACGAGAGCUCCCUGUUGGUAUGGUUCUGGACCUCGUUGGCGCAUUACCUUGAUGAGCAGUACGCUAUUCUGCGACGAAGGAAUCCUGGGCUUCCGGAUUUGCCCAGCUUCGAAUGGCUCAGAUGUUUCGCGGUGUGGCGCAACUUGGCAUUUGUGCUGGCACUGACUGUGGUGAUGUUUCUCUUGGGUAGCACCUUUGGGUGGAGAAACGUAUCUACUCCGCCGAUACUGCUUACUGGGAUCAUUGUAAUAUGGAAGGCGAUCCUUGUCAUAUGGAGUAAAUACGGAUGGUGAAGACUUGCGUCGCUCGCAAAUGAGCUGGGGACAGAAUGAGUGUCUGUCGCGAGCAUUUGACAGAUGAAACUUGGAUAUCAAUGGAGUUAGCUGUAAGCUUGCCAUUUAUCGUAUUGCAAAUAUACACAACCACCGGAUGUAAUUUACAUGAUACAUAUAUAUCUACAUUUUAGUUCUUAUU